AUGGCAUUUGAGCGGCCAAGGGAAGCCCCACCUCCUCCAAUGAGGAGCGAGAGUGGGCCCUCUCCUUCAUCAUAUGGGACUAGGUCAGUUUCGAGUCUCACGCCUACGAGUGUGUCCCGUGUUGGAUCGGACUCCCGUCUUAGCGUGAGGCAAGACCAGCGCAACAGCCCGUUCUCAAAUCAGAGGCAGGAUCCUCAGCAGUUGGGCUGGAAGAAUUUGAUACCUCCAUUGUCGCCGGAUAACAACGAAACGGAGUUGGAAGAUCCUGCAAACAAAAUAGAUUUUUCUCCAAGGUCCAGGAAAUACAGCGAUAGGUCGGUUAGGCAGAGGAGUCUGAGCGGCAAUCUGCAAGACUCGAAGAAGAAAACGCAGAAACUGUGCAAGAAUUGUGGAGAGCCAAUAGUGGGGACGUUGGUGAGAGCAAUGGGAAACACGUACCACGUGGACUGCUUUCAUUGUCAUGACUGUGGGAAUCAGUGUUCAAACAAGUUCUUCGCUGCUGAUAUCCAAGAUCCCGUUACGAAAGAGACGAAAGAAGUGCCUCUAUGUGAGUUUGAUUACUUCCGACGGAUAGAUCUGAUAUGCCACACAUGCCAGAAAGCUAUCAGAGGACCAUAUAUCACAGCUUUGAACAGAAAAUUUCAUCCAGAACACUUUUCGUGCGAAGUCUGCCACCAAGUUUUCGAUGCUGAAGAUUAUUAUGAGUACGAUAAUGCCAUCUAUUGCCAUUACCACUACUCAAAGUUGUAUGCAUCUCACUGUGAAGCGUGUAACUCAGCCAUUUUAAAGCAAUAUGUUGAACUAUGGCGUGGAGGACGACAGCAACAAUGGCACCCCGAGUGUUUCAUGGUUCACAAGUUCUGGGGAGUGACAAUCACUGCAGAAUCAAUCGGCAACGUCAACGUUCAGCUUCCAAAAAAUUCGAAGAAGCUGUCAGAUACAGAAAUGCCCCCAUCGAAGCUUUUUGAAAUAGAACAAAAGAUUGAGGAAAUCACCAUGGCAAUUUGGCUGACGUUAUCCGCUUUCGAAGAAUCUGCAGCCUCUUGCAUUUCCGACAUGCUAUACCAUGCUUCUGUUGGAAAUAAGAUAAGAGGGUUGCGUGCCACUGGAAAACUCAUCUUAAAGAUUGAAUGUUUGUUCAAAGCGCUGGAUGCACUCUCACAAUUGUCAAACAGUUUGCUGCUAACUUCAAGUAAUGGCCCAAGCGAUUACAGACAGUUGGCUCUCAAGAAAGAACCUCGCAGUUUAUCCACUAAUAUAUUGUCAUACCUGAUGGCAUUAAAGGAUGCUGAUAAGGAGAAGCUGACAAGUCCAAAAUUUUCGCAGGACCUGCUGGCACUAAUAUCUAAUCUGGCUCAUUAUCUGAAACUGAUGUCUAGGUUUGGUCUGAACCAAGCUCUCAAUUUCAACAAAGCCGCAAAAUCGACUGCUGCAACAGACAGGUACAUGGCUGAGAUUGCAGCCCAUGAAAGCGUUCCGGAUGACGUUUUCCCAAUUUUGAACAUCCCAAUAGAAGCACAAGACUUGUGUACCAAGUGCGGUCAAAGUAUCGAGGAGAAUUGUGUCCAAUUUGACGAACACAGAUGGCAUAUGGACUGCUUUCAGUGCUCUGUCUGUUCUAAGAAAUUGUCAGGCUCAUCGAUUGGUGAAGCACAGUUUAACUCUGAGCACAAGACCAUUCUUUGCUCAGAGUGUGCCACCUCUGAACUAGACUCCAGACGCGGAUUCAAGCAAAUUUCAUCGUUAUUGCAGCUCACUUAUAUCUUGAAGAUUGCAAUUGUGAGAUCGAUGUACGCUUUGGAGCAGUCUGGGUGUAGUGAUGAUGCUCCAAUUUUGAAUGCCAGCAUCCAAUCACCUCAGGAACAGACUUUCAACAGAACUUUGAGCGAUAUAAAGAGAAUGCGUUCAACCAGGCAAGGUGAAAAAAUAUCAAGAUCAGCCAAGCAACAGGCCAGGAGGUCAAUGAUUGUCGAAGCCCCACAAGCCGAUAAGGCAGCAACUGAAGAGUUCACCAGUGACCAGAAGUUGAAUAAGACGACGCUUGCUCAUUCGGGUUCUAAGAGAUUACAGAUAAGAGAUUUCCCUCUGACAAAACGGAACUCGUCGACAAAUCUAGGAUCAACCUCGAACUUGCUCAAGAAUGAGAAGGGGCUAACACUGGAUGACAUCCCUCGUAUCGUAUCCGCAGAACAAGCCAGGGAACAUCGUCCUAAUGCGUUCAAGUACCAAAAGAACGCUCCGUUACAGUCGACUUCUGCUAUCCCGAAAGCCAAACCUGUUAGAUCCAAGAACAGAGAUAGCUUGAACCAGGGACUUCCCGAAAAGUUGACCGAAGUUCCGGCAAGUGUUGCUCCUUCACAGCCGCAAGUGAAGAGGUUCGCUGAACUCACUUCAACAGAGCAUUUCAUAAUGGGUCACAUUGCUGCAUUUGCACUGCAGAAACUGCUUAAUGACAAGCUUUCAAUGGAUGAGGUUCUUGGAUUCAUCACAACGAAGAAACCGUCAACGUUCUGGGACAAGCUCUUUGGAGCUGGGAAGAAGAACGGGGAUACUAACUCAGGAGUGUUCGGUGUUCCAAUAGACUACUUGACCAGUAGAUAUGGGGUGGAAAGCGAUCUAGGUAUUGGUCCAGACAAACUAAAGAUUCCAGCGUUUAUCGAUGACUGUGUCACGGCGAUGCACAAUAUGGAUCUAUCUGUGGAAGGUGUCUUCCGUAUUAAUGGUAACAUUAAACGGUUGAGACUUUUGUGUGAGGAGAUCGAUAGCCACCCCGAAGAAAUGCCAGAUUUUUCCAAAGAGAACCCCAUCCAACUGGCCGCUUUGCUCAAAAAGUUUCUCCGUGAAAUGCCUGAUUGCUUGCUCUGUUUCAGGCUAUACAAUGCUUGGAUUCUAUCACAGAAAUACAGCGAGAAUCCUGCUACUAAGAAGAGAAUUAUGCAACUGACAUACUCAAUGUUGCCAAAGACGAACAGAGAUGUGGUGGAGGUCUUGCUAUACUUCUUUAGUUGGUCUGCCACCUUUGCACACAUUGAUGAAGAGACGGGAUCAAAGAUGGACGUCCAUAAUCUGGCGACGGUCUUGAGUCCCAGCAUUCUGUAUGCCAAACCGGCAAACGCCAGUAAAAACAGCAAAGACCCUUACUCAUACGUUGAUACUACACACCAGGGUGAAAACUACUUUUUGGGCAUAGAGGUUCUCAACUCCUUGAUAGAGUCCCAUGACGAGUUCAGCAUUGUUCCUCAAGACUUGAUGCGGAUGUAUAUUAUGGGAGAAUUUCACAAAGCCGGCAAAGAGCUCACCACGAAAGAGAUUAUCAGCAAGUGUUCAGCAAUCUAUAAAGAGAACCCCCAGAUCUUUUCUGUUCGUGUUGAUCUGUCCCAAGAUGAAAACGAUCAACCUGAAGAGCCUGCUAUUCAGCUAGUCAAUGCUAUUGACCAAUCGGUCGAAAAGAGAGAGUUCCAGACUGAGACAACGCAAGAAUCGUGA